UGCAUUUGGACGCCAAGGCUGGGCGGGGCCCGAGCCUGGGCAACCCUUCCUGUGGACGACGAAAGCUGAGGCCGGGAGCGGGGAGGCGGUGGCCCCGGGGACCAGGCGGCCUCUGCUCGGGGCUGGAAGGCCCCAUGGCGCCGCCCCCAGCCCCGCUUCUGGCGCCGAGACCCGGGGAGACCCGGCCUGGUUGCAGGAAGCCUGGGGCCGUGAGAUUCGCGGACGUGGCCGUGUACUUCUCCCCGGAGGAGUGGGGGUGUCUGCGGCCCGCGCAGAGGGCCCUGUACCGGGACGUGAUGCGGGAGACCUACGGCCACCUGGGCGCGCUCGGAUUCCCGGGCCCCAAACCAGCCCUCAUCUCUUGGAUGGAACAGGAGAGCGAGGCUUGGAGCCCCGCCGCCCAGGAUCCUGAGGAGGGGGAGAGCCUGGGAGGAGCUCGGAGAGGAGAUGCCCCAGACAAGAAGGAAGAGGCACCCAAGGAAGGGCCAAGAGCUGGAGGACCUGGAAAGACCCCUGGAAAGGAGCAGCCUGAGGAGAAAGUUAAACACACGCCUGAGUGUACUGUCAGCGGGGCUUCGGCAAGAGCACAGCCACCCACAAAAGCUGCCUGGGACCAGAUCACAGGUGCGCAGCCCACUGUCCCUGUGCCUAGCAUGGAUGCCCAGGCCAGCCAGCGGCGACACGUGUGUGCAGACUGCGGCCGCCGCUUCACCUACCCUUCGCUGCUGGUCAGUCACCGGCGCAUGCACUCGGGCGAGCGGCCCUUCCCCUGCCCCGAGUGCGGCAUGCGCUUCAAGAGGAAGUUCGCUGUGGAAGCGCACCAGUGGAUCCACCGCUCCUGCUCCGGGGGGCGGCGGGGCCGGAGGCCUGGGAUCCGGGCUGUACCUCGGGCCCCAGUCCGAGGUGACCGUGACCCACCUGUGCUCUUCCGGCACUACCCGGACAUCUUUGAGGAGUGCGGCUGAGCGGCUCCCACGGGCUGGAGUUGAGCCUGACCUUGGCACUAAGGACGGACUGACUGAGCCCUCAGGUAGGCUCCUGAGUCAGGGACUUGGGGACUGAAAUUCUUCCCUUGGGCUUUCCGCAAGGAUCCCUCAAGUUUCCAACUUGUAAAAAGAGAAGUGCCUGUAAAGAUUCCAAUAGAUUAAACUUGCCCCCCUCUCCCCAGUCUUUUGU